AUGGCAAUCAGCCUGGGCCUGCCCUUGCCCUGUCAGUGGUGUGUGCUGUGGCAGCAAAGAGAGCGAGGUGAACUCAGUGGGGCUGCCAGAGCAAGCUGGGGUUAUAAAAUAAACCCAAACCUCUCAGCAGGGAGAGCCAGGAAACGGAAAAGUGCCUUUGGAAGCGGAGCAGAGUUUCAGGAAGCAGCUCUGCGCCUUCUGGAUCACCAUCAGAACCUGAAUGACUUCCUCCUGGAGGUGCAAGAUUCAGUCAAGCCAGCUGGAAAGGAUGGCACAGAGCACCAGGAAGGAUCAUCAGAAUCAUUUUUAGUCUCUGUUCUGCAGGAACAGGCCUCCAGGUUGGGUGUGCCUACAUCAAUCCUGGCAGCCAAAAAUGCUGUUACCAACAUGGAGCGGAUCUGUCGGGCUUCUGUGAGCCCCACUCCUCCAGUCCCACUGCUGAACUUGGACCAGAGAAAGAGGUUGUCUUGCUUGCUUCAAACAAUCAAGGAUUUGCUGGCGAACAAUGUCUUCUGUCGCUCUCUCUUCUGUCAAGAAAUGUGGAAAAUGAAGGACCCUCCAGUGCUGGAAGCUGUGUGGCACCUGCACAGAGGCGACAUCGUUGGCCUGGGAGAGCUGCUGGAGAGCAACCCGUCCGCCCCUGCUGCAAUGGAGUGGCUGUGCAGUGGCCUCUGUGGCCUCUGUGAGCAGGCAGUGGAGUCCUCCGGGGACAUGGAGCUUGCUGGGCACGUUCUCUCAGACUUUGCGAUUGUGUUUCUUCAGAAUGGCUUUCAGCAAAAUUUGGAGCUGGGAAUGAAGUUGGAAUUCAAGAAGGUCCCCAAUAUCUGUCAUGCUGUCUUACAAAGAAUGUUGACAUGGGUGCUUGAUGCUGUUGGUAAAGAGAAGCAUGAAGAUGCUUCCACAUUGCAAGCUAGGAGGUUCUGGCUGAAUGUGUUCAGUGUGUCACUUUAUAACAGUGCGGUUCAUCCGGAUUCCUUGCAGCAGUUUUUUAGACACACCCUGACCGAGGUUCUUACCUACAACCCAUUGCUGAAAGUGUCUGAUGCCAUCCGCAUGCAGAAAGAGUGGAGCUUUACAAGAACCUGUUCGCUGCUCACUACCUUGUAUCGCAAACUGUUCGUGGCAUUCAGUGCAAAGGAGUCAAUCUGCCAGCUGCAGCAAGUGCUGGAGACUCAUGAAGUGAACUGGCAGCACGUCCUGUCCUGUGUUUCCACGCUGUCUGUCUGUCAUGCUGAAGCUGAACAGCUCUUCAAAGAUCUACUGAGCCAUCUCCUGAUAAAGGCCUUUGGGAAUUACGACAUGGAAAAUAUGAUCACAGCAUUCCUGAUAGCUCGGCAGGCUGCUCUAGAAGGCCCUGCUGUGUUUAUGCCUUACUCUGAAUGGUUUAAGGCUGCCUUUGGGAAUGCUGGUGGUCACCACGGGAGCAGUAAGAAAGCUCUGGUCUUUCUCUUUGAGUUUUUGUCAGAGCUGGUGCCCUUUGAAGCAGCGCCAUACUUGAAGGUCCAUAUAAUGUACCCACCUUUUGUGCCAGCGAAACAUCGGUCUAUUCUCUUGGAGUACAUCACUCUAGCUAAAACCAGACUGGCUGACCUCAAGGUUGCUAUAGAAGAUAUGGGGCUCUAUGAAGAUUUGUCAUCCACAGAUGAGUCUGUGCAGCCCCAGGGCCAGGCACUUCGUGAUGUUGAAAAGGCCCUUCAGAUAUUUGAAAACACAAGGAAGAUCCCAACAUCUGUGAUAGAAGCCAGUAUUUUCAGGCGACCAUAUUAUACUUCCUGGUUCCUUCCUGCUUUGCUCAGGCCGUAUGUGCUCCCUAAAACCCCAGAUGUGCGCAUGGCUUUUAUAGAUUCUUUAAAGAGAGCUGAUAAAAUACCCUCUAACUUGUACUCCAAAUACAUGCAAGCCUGUCGCUCUAUGAAAGAGAAACUGUUACAAGAUGGAUUGCAAGUAGGGCCCAGCCAUUCCAAAGAGCCUGUGGAGCAGCUGAAGGCUGACCUGGCUGAACUAAGGAUGCUGAUUGUGGAGCAGGCUAAUCAUGAAGGCAUGCGGGAAG